UUCGUUGUAUUCCGACUGUAUAAAUAUUCAUCGUAUCGUCGCGUUUCGUCAGUACACCUCUAUUACCAUGUCCAAUACGAAAAUUCUUGCACUGUUCUUGAUAAUCGCAUCGAUUUCAAAGUCAUUGCAAUUGACGAUUAACUGUGACUACAAUAAAUCACCCUCUGUGACCAAUGGUCGAUUAAAGUAUAAACUGGUCAAGGAACCGUACUCUUGUGUUCUCUCCACAUUGAACAUUAAAAGUAAAUUACUGGUGCAAAGUGUUACUGGCAAGCAUCUCGAUAAGAAUAAGAACGAUGAUGUGAAAGCAUUGAAAAUCAUCGGCGGUGGAAUAAUAUCAUCGACUGGCAAGGAAAGUAGUGACAAUGUGUUGAGUGUUUGUGAAGUUAUCCCGGCCGGUAUCGGCUCAGUUUUUCGUAACAUAGAGGCUUUGACGGUAUGGAGAAGUAACUUAAAAACGGUGUCGAGUAGGGAUCUACAGCAGUUUGCUAAUCUUCGUGAAAUUUGGCUAUUCACGAAUGAACUCGAGUAUUUGGAAUCGAAGCUGUUCCAGUACAAUCCGAACGUCGAAGUCAUUUCGUUCAAUGCCAACAGCAUCAAAUUUAUUGGAGAAAACUUCUUCUCGUAUUUGCCAAAAUUGCAAAAGGCUUUCUUCCAUUAUAAUCCAUGCGUGGAUGAAGAAGCUGUUGAUGGAACUCAAUUGGCGGCGAUAAAAAACACAAUCAAAGAAAAAUGCGCGGUCAAAGAAACUGCUCAGCCAUUACAUGUGACCGUUGACUGUAAAUUUGAGGUUUCAUCCGUUUGGAAAACUGUAAAAGAUCCCUACGGCUGUACGUUGCAGAAAUCCAAUUUUGAUCGGAAAUUGUUCAUUGGCAACGUAACGGGAUCACAUGCCAAGGGUCGCUCCAUAAGCGACGUUAAGGCUCUUCAAAUUGUCGGAGGCGUUUGCCAAAUUAUUCCUGGUGAAUUCGGUUCCAUAUUCCAGAACAUUGAAGCACUGUCGGUGAAGAAAGCUUCGUUAAAACUCGUCACCGGUAGAGAUUUGCAACAAUUCAGCAAUUUAAGGGAAAUUUGGUUGGAAGCGAACGAUCUAAACUAUUUGGAAGGUAAGUUAUUCGAAUUCAAUCCGAACGUUGAGCUGGUUGUCUUCAAGGACAAUAAAAUCAAGUUUGUGGGCGACAACUUCUUCUCCUACAUACCAAAGUUGCGUGAAGCCGAUUUCUCUGGCAAUGAAUGUUUUGACGAUGGAAAGACUGCCGGUUUGAAGUUGAAUGCUGUUCAGGAGAGAGUGAAGGAGAAGUGUGUGGUGGAGGAGCCUACUUUUAUCUACACAACGAUUCGUCCUGAUGGUCUUACGUAUUGGGACAGCCGUAAAUCCGAAAAAGAUGAUGGAGAGGGAGUUGGUGCAGAUUUCAAGGUUCUUAAUUCGUUGGUGGGAUAAGCUUUCCAUUUUUCUAUUUUCUUUCGUGAAAAUAAAUUUGAAAGAAAAUUUGAACG